UUCCCCGUUGAGACCAGGAUCUGAAUCCGGAUAAUUGAAUCAACCAGAUCUCUGGGUGGAACAAAACCGUCGCCAUUGACGACUGAUAACGGAAGCUCGAGAAGGACUGUCGGAAACGCCCUCCAAAGCCUAUGCCGGAGCACUGCGAAUGAGUUCGUAGCGUAAGCUUCUCCGAUCGGAUCCAGCCCCACCAUGCCAUCUUCUCCGAAGCUCUUCCACGCGCGGCCAUCUCUCUCCACGCGCCGAUCGACGGUCCUGAUCGUAUUCACUUCCCUCGCCAUCGGAAUCGCCGGGUUCCUCUUCGGGCUCGCCGCGAUUCUCUCUCCGGGCCUCCGAUUCGUCGGCCGCAACUGCCUCUCGAACGCCCCUCCGGCGACGGUUCGCGUCGUGUGGGACGUCUCCGGUAAUGGAAACGGAAAUGGCGCCGGUGGCGAAGUGAAGAGGCACAAGGUGAUGGGUUUCGUCGGGAUUCAGACCGGUUUCGGUUCAGCUGGUCGGAGGCGGGCGCUUAGGAUGACAUGGAUGCCGUCGGAUCCGGACGGGCUUAGACGCUUGGAAGAAUCAACUGGAUUGGCCUUCAGAUUUAUUAUAGGCAAAACCAAAGACGAGCACAAAAUGGCUGAGCUGAGGAAGGAAAUUGCAGAAUACGAUGACUUUAUACUGCUAGAUAUCGAGGAGGAGUACAGUAAGCUCCCAUACAAAACACUUGCUUUCUUCAAAGCUGCACAUGCGCUUUAUGAUUCUGAAUUCUACGUCAAAGCUGAUGAUGAUAUAUACUUGCGGCCAGAUCGGCUCUCUUUGUUGUUGGCGAAAGACCGGACUCACACUCAGACAUAUUUAGGAUGCUUGAAAAAGGGUCCAGUUUUCACAGACCCGAAACUGAAAUGGUAUGAACCAUUGUCCAAUUUGUUAUGGAAAGAGUAUUUUCUUCAUGCCUAUGGCCCGAUAUAUGCUCUUUCCGCUGACGUUGUAGCAAGUUUGGUUGCUCUCAGAAACAACAGUUUCAGAAUGUUUAGCAACGAGGACGUAACAAUUGGUGCGUGGAUGUUGGCAAUGAACGUCAAUCACGAGAACCAUCGCACUCUCUGUGAACCAGAAUGCUCACCGACCUCUGUUGCUGUUUGGGACAUCCCCAAAUGCUCGGGGCUCUGUAACCCAGAGAAGAAGAUGUUAGAACUCCACAAGCUAGAGAGCUGUUCGAAGAGCCCGACUUUGCCAUCAGAUGACGAAUGAUCGACGAUCGAUCCUAUACCCAUUGUCUUGUUGUAAAGCUGUUUUCUUUUUCUUUUUUUUGACCAGAGGCCAAGGCCAGGCAUAGUACAGAAGAUACCCUUCUCCGGCCAAUUCCCCGCCAUGAAGUUUCCCGACAUCGUUGUCAUGGUAUGAAUCUUUCUCAACUCAGCACUUUGCUCUGAUC